GCAAUAUUCACGAUAAAAUGAGCUCCGGAUUAUCAUCCGAGAAAGAGAAACAGCCGAGGAAGCGUAAACGGUCCACAGAGGUCGAAAAGCUUGAGAAAGAAAUGGCAGCUAUGGCAAAGAAGCUGAGAUUGUUGCAACAAAAUGACAUAAUGGCAACAGAUGCUGACGAAUCAGAUGCAACGCAAUCCAGCGAGGAAAAUCAAAGCCCAAACAAGGUUAAACAGGCCUCAGUCAAAGCAGCUAACGUCAAUGAAGAGGAAGUGAGUUCUUGUCUAGGCGAGCUACGCGAAAACAAAACGUCGAACGAAUUGGAUCUAAUCGACGACGUGGCAUUAAGAGUGUCAGAAUACCUCCGUCUAGGACUGCCUAAGGAGCAGAAGAAGGAAAUCUUAGAGCUGAUUCCAAGGAAACAUAAGGAUUUCAAUCUCGUAGCGCCUAAAAUAAAUGCCGAGAUUCUGCACUCCAUGAAAGAAGAGGCAAUAAAACGUGACAAUUUUUUUGCACAUUACCAAGAUAUAGCAGCAGCAAAUCUGGCUCUAUCAUCAUCGGUUUUAAGCAUGGUGUUGAACGACCAAAAUGAACCUUUGGAGAGAAGCAACAUUUUAAAGGCAUUAUCAGAUGCUGUAAAAUUGAAUGCAGAGUUAUAUCGCUGCUUAAACAUUGCUCGCAAGAUUUACAUUACACCUGCAUUUGAAAAGAAAGUCAAAGCAGUGUUAGAUAAAGCGGAGUCAACAGAGCUGCUAUUUGGCGACAAGGUUACAGAUUUGAUCAGUGGUGUUAAAACAGCUGAAACCCUAAAAAAAGAUUUGCUUGGAACGAAGAUGACCGGUUCUUUAAACUGGAGAAGUUCUUCGAACAACACAGUGGGCAGUCCGAAGAACCAAACCAAGAAGUCAUACUUUGCCCGCAAAGAUCAACAAACACCAUUCACUCCGAGGCAGAACAGCAACAAGAAGCAAAACUACCGUCGGAAUUACACCCAGUCUCAUCCGUUGCAGAAGAAAACAUAAAUGAGGAAAGAUCACCAUCCGCUGGCCAGACAGCUGACGUUGAUAGCAGGGACCUUAUCAGGCGAGCCUUUGAAAGAAGGGGAUAUGAAAAAUCAACAGUGGACAUAAUGAUCAACUCCUUAUCAGAGAGCACACUUAAACAAUACACAUCAGCCUUAAAGAAAUGGACAGAGUUCUGCAAAAAAGAAAGUAUAGAUUCGUUCUGCAACAAAAGCAUAAACAUACUAAAAUUUUUAACGCAAGAAUUGCAAAAAGGAGCUAAAUAUGGCACUUUAAAUUCUAUGCGCUCAGCCAUAUCACUCUU